UUCACCAGCCAUUACGGAAGAAGAAGUUUUUUAGUUCCCUCUCUCAUUCCAUUCGAAGCGACCACGGCGUCAGUGUCUAUGGAUCCAGCUGCUGAUAAACCGGCGAAGAAGCGGAAGGCUUCGGCUGCUUCCAAGAGCUCGAAGGCAUCAUCAGGUUCACGGAAGAGCAAGUCGUCCAAAGCUUCGACGAAGUCGACCGAUGUGCACGAAAAAUUAGCAGAUACGGUUCAGGGUAGAAAGGACACCCUGACUGCAGCUGCAUCGCACAAGAGUGACUUGCAGUCGGCCGCGUCUCAAAAGCUCCAGUCGAACCAAACAGUCGAGGAAAUUCAACGGAAAAUGCAGAAAAACCAGCCUGAGGAGACUUCGAAACUGAUGCAAGCAGAAAAGCGCUAUGAACGCAAACUCGGAGAACGUAGUAAAGAGGACCAUACCCUGUCGACUGGCGCUACUCGUCACCCAAGAGACAACACUGGUGAAAAGGAAGGCCGCAGCAAGAUAAGCAAGGUACCAGGGAUAACUCAGUUCUUCGUAUGCGUUCUUCUCGUGGCUGUCGUCAUCUCGAUCAUCGUCAUUGUUGUUCUUCUCUACCGAUGGUUCUACCCAGAAAAGGGCAUCCUAUGCAACACAGGCGAAUGCAGGCACGUCUUAUCCGAAAUCGAGCAGCUGCUGAGCACUAACAUCGAUCCUUGCGAUGAUUUCUAUGGUUAUGUCUGCGGCAAGUGGGCUAACAAACCCAACUCCGGUUUCCUUGACGACGUGAUGACUAUAUACAACGAGACGUUGAUAGACUCCAUCUUUUCCCAACAGUCCCUGCAACGAUCGAGACUUGGAAGGCACGUGUUUUCAGGAAUCUACCGCAAGUGCGACGAUUACAUCAAGAGAGGUAAAGGUUCCUUCCAGGAUGCCGUGGAAGAUAUAAGCAGAUUAAUUGACAUUGACAAGUUACGAGAAGCCAGAGACGGGUCAGCUUUAUUCGCCUAUCUUACGGGCCUUGUUUUGAAGACUGGCGUUCAUACCUUCUAUACAAUCGAGUUUCAUCUAGUCGAUAAGGUAACAGCAAUGCACAUCUGCCUCGGUCAUUCUAUCCAGCAAAAAAUUUCGGCCGGGCACGAUUUGUCUGUCAUCAAUGUCACCACCAUAUCGAAUUUGACUCUCAGUUUUCUGAAGAGGACCGUAUUCGGUCUCAACGUGACAAACGAAACAAAUGCUGACGACCUAUUCGACAUCGACGAAGACGUCCAUCAAAACUUGCUGAAGCCCGCCCUGUUGCCAGAAAAAAAUACGUUUCAGGAACAUAGACAGAGUGACUUUGAUAAGAACUCUAGGCGACGUCAUCAACAGGAUUGUGCCUUCACAGCUUCGAGUAGGACCCGACGAUGUGGUUUUGGUAUCUGGGAUUAAUUCCAUACAGAGUAUCAACCUUGCCUUAAAGCGCCGACCGUUUCCAGAGCAGAAGUACUACUGCAUCGUCAACCUGCUUGCCGAAUUCCUUCGGUAUAAUAUCUACAGGGAACAUUUCCAGCACGACUACAAGCUCCACACAAUGGUCUGUCUCAGCGCCACCAAGGCAGUCCUUAUCAACACCUGGCAGUACUUGGUCGCCCAGUUGGCUGUGGAGUACAGCUACGCGGAGAUAAUGAGAGGCAUGGCGGUUAUGGCGAAAAAUGCUAUCGCCAACGGAAGAGAAUUCGAUAUAUUUGACAGUUCCUUGCAAUCUAACGUCAAGAGUAUAUUAAGCGACAUGAAGAUAGCCGUGUACGACGGCCUGGGUUUACCGCAUUCUGACAUCGACUACAACUCGUGGAACUCGCAGGGAACGUUUUUUCAGUCUCUGAUGGACGCGGCACGUUGCACACGGGCAAUACUCUACAAGACGUUUUAUAAUCAGAACACUGACGUAGCGGCACAGUAUCAGUACAACGCCACAAUUGCGUACGCAGAUCCCUUCUUGUAUGUUCCGACGGCUUACCAGCGUAGUCCACUCUUGCACGCCGGCCAGGGGCUCCCCCUGUACAUCAAUUUGGUCUCUCUCGGUCCGUUGGUGGUGGUGGAGAUGCUGCGAGGAAUUGCUGGACCCCUUCGAGACUCCGCGAGGGCGAGAAAACAGUUGGGUAACGCGAUGUCUUGCACGAAGAAAGUCUGUUCGCUAAUAGGCCUCGACUUGGAGAACUCCACAAAGUUGCAACCUUGGGACAGCGAUGUUGUGCUGUGGUAUUUCGCGUUUCGCAUCCUCUAUUUAGAAGUGCAGAACGCGGUAAUGUCCCGGGGUAAUGAUGUCUUCAGGGAACACUGGCCCACUGCCCAGUGGUGUUUCUUCGUUCGGUUUUGCAUGAUUUCUUGUACGUCGCGAGAUGACGGUUCAAGCAGAGAGACUCCAAAGAGCUUCAAAGAACGAUGCUUAGUUCACCUGCUUGCACACAAGGAUUUUGCAGUUCGUUUCAGAUGCUCCGGGAGAUCGAAUUUCAGAACUAUGGACUGUGCCAAUGAGUAGAUGUUCUCUAAUUUCUAGUUUUUGCUGUAAUAAUCCUGAGAUGUAUUUGCUGUCCGAAAAACAAACUAUCGGGACUUUCGUUUCGUU